GCGGCAACGACGACGACAAUGACGGAGGAUGAAGGCCCGAGACCGGGCCCGGGCCCCGCGCCCCCCGAGGCCGCGUUGUUGGCUCUCGUCGCCAUCGGUGUCGUCCAUCUGCUGACGGCGCUCUCGGGGCUGUGGUCCGUGCACGCUCACUGCGCCCUCACCUGCGUCCGGGAACCUUGUCCUAAGAAAGCCACAUUGGCUAAAGUUGUGCCAACCCCAAAUAACGGAUCAGUAGAAUUAGUGCCACUCCACAGAGACCAGGGUGAAGAUGGGCAGGAGGCUCUUUCCUUUGAGUUUCAGAAAAUCAAAUACUCGUAUGAGAUAGACGGCAAGAAACAGUUUCUUCCUGUAGCUUUUCCUGUGGAACAUCCCCUUUGUUACUACCAGAAUGCCAGAGGCUAUCAGGAGGACAAAGAUAUCCGAGCAGCUGAGAAGAAAUAUGGUACAAACAAGGCUGAGAUGGUGGUACCAGAAUUCUUGGAACUCUUUAAAGAAAGAGCUACGGCUCCGUUCUUUGUCUUUCAGGUGUUCUGUGUGGGUUUGUGGUGCCUGGAUGAAUACUGGUAUUACAGUAUUUUCACCCUCUCCAUGUUGGUCGCGUUUGAAGCUUCUCUGGUCCAGCAGCAAAUGAGGAACAUGUCGGAGAUUCGAAAAAUGGGGAACAAGCCAUAUAUGAUCCAGGUUUACAGAAACCGCAAGUGGCGCCCCAUUUCCAGUGAUGAGAUUAUUCCAGGGGAUAUCGUUUCCAUUGGCCGAUCUCCUCAUGAAAAUCUAGUGCCAUGUGAUGUGCUGCUGUUACGUGGAAGGUGUAUUGUGGAUGAAGCCAUGCUGACUGGAGAGUCUGUGCCACAGAUGAAGGAGCCCGUGGAGGAUCUCAGUCCCGAGCACGUCUUGGACAUGCAGACUGACUCCCGGUUACACAUCAUCUUUGGGGGAACCAAAGUGGUGCAGCACAUCCCGCCCCAGAAAGCCAGCACGGGACUGAAACCUGUGGAUAACGGGUGUGUGGCGUAUGCUCUGAGAACUGGCUUCAACACCUCCCAGGGGAAAUUGCUACGUACAAUCCUCUUUGGGGUGAAGAGAGUGACAGCCAAUAACUUAGAGACCUUCAUUUUCAUCCUGUUCCUGCUGGUCUUUGCCAUUGCUGCUGCAGCAUACGUCUGGAUCGAAGGCACGAAGGAUCCCAGCAGGAACCGUUACAAGCUCUUCCUGGAAUGUACCUUAAUACUGACUUCAGUUGUUCCACCUGAACUUCCCAUCGAGCUCUCACUGGCUGUCAACACCUCCCUCAUUGCUUUGGCCAAGCUCUAUGUGUACUGUACGGAGCCCUUCCGCAUCCCCUUUGCAGGCAAAGUUCAAGUUUGCUGUUUUGACAAAACCGGCACGUUAACCAGCGACCACCUUGUCGUGAGAGGAGUAGCUGGGCUCAGGGAUGGGAAGGAAGUGACACCCGUGUCUGACAUUCCUGUAGAGACGCACCGAGCGAUCGCCACGUGCCACUCGCUUGUGCAGGUGGAUGACGGGACGCUGGUGGGUGACCCCCUGGAGAAGGCAAUGCUGACAGCUGUGGACUGGACCCUGACCAAAGAUGAGAAAGUUUUCCCCAGAAGUAUUAAAACUCAGGGACUGAAAAUUCACCAGCGCUUUCAUUUUGCCAGUGCCCUGAAAAGAAUGUCUGUCUUGGCGUCGUAUGAGAAGAUCGGCUCGACUGAUCUCUGUUACAUUGCAGCUGUGAAAGGGGCCCCAGAGACGCUGCACAAAAUGUUGUCUCAGUGCCCAAGCAACUAUCAUGCUGUCCACACGGAAAUUUCACACGAGGGGGCAAGAGUGCUGGCCCUGGGCUACAAAGAACUGGGGCACCUCACUCACCAGCAGGUGCGAGAGAUGAAGCGUGAAGCUUUGGAGUGUGAUCUUAAAUUUGUUGGAUUUAUUGUGGUUUCCUGUCCUCUCAAAGCUGACUCCAAAUCUGUCAUCAGGGAGAUCCAGAAUGCUUCACACCACGUAGUGAUGAUAACAGGUGACAGUCCUCUCACUGCCUGCCACGUGGCCCGGGAGCUGCACUUCCUCCAGAGAGAGCACACCCUCAUUCUGCAGCCUCCUGUGAGCAAAGGCUGCAGCUGGCAGUGGCAGUCGAUCGCUGGCGCUGUGGUGCUGCCAGACUCACCAGCCUCCUUGCGAGAGCUGACGCAGCGCUACGACCUGUGCGUGACCGGGGAAGGGCUCUCUCACCUACAGGCUGCCAAUAGGCAGCAGCUGCUGAAGCUCAUUCCCCACAUCCAGGUGUUUGCCAGAGUGGUGCCGAAGCAGAAGGAGUUUGUCAUCACCACGUUGAAGAGCCUGGGCUAUGUCACGCUGAUGUGUGGGGAUGGGACCAACGACGUUGGGGCUCUGAAACACGCAGAUGUGGGUGAGUCUGCACGCAGGGCUCACGCCUGUGCCUCUGUCUUGAGUUUGGCUGGUGUUCUGAAACGCAAACCCAGUGUUUCUCAGUGGAAUUCUUGUGGCUAUUUCCUGAGAAAAACAAAUAGUGGUUGGAUUCUGCUGGAAAACUGGUUAAAACUCAAGUCUAUGAUUUUUCUCCCUCAGCCUCUGAAGACGCUUUCCAAGGAGCGCCCACUGCCCAACAUCUUUAACCUCUACACGGUGCUGACGGUGCUGCUGCAGUUCCUGGUGCAUUUCCUCAGCCUCGUGUACCUGUACCGUGGGGCCCAGGCACGCAGCGACUCCAAGCAGGAGGAGUUUGUGGAUCUGUACAAGGAGUUUGAGCCCAGCCUUGUGAACAGCACCGUCUACAUCAUGUCGAUGGCAAUGCAGAUGGCCACCUUUGUCAUCAACUACAAGGGCCAUCCUUUUAUGGAGAGUCUACGGGAGAACAAGCCCUUGCUGUGGAGCAUCAUCCUCUCAGGCCUGGCCAUCGGGGGCCUUCUCACAAGUUCUUCACCGGAAUUCAACGAACAGUUUGGCUUGGUCGAAAUCCCCACUGAGUUCAAGAUGGUGAUCACGGAAGUGUUGCUGGCUGACUUCUUCCUCGCCUUGUUAGUGGACCGAGUUCUUCAGUUUCUGCUGGGCAGUGCAAAACUUAAAGUGCCUUCCUGAAAUGGAGCGCAAGGUCCUGGCCCCCGGCAGCGCUACACGAAGGACAGGCCCUGGCGCCACGUUCCACCAUCACAAGAACCAUCCUUAAUUCUUCUGACAGUAACUCUGAUCCCGUUCCAAAACGGGCGUGGGGAAGCUUUCUUCCAAACAUGUGGAAAUCACCUCUGUGAAACAAGACCUGACUUUUUAAUGUUUCCAGGAUGUACCACCAACCGACGGGAGUUUUGUACUGCCCUCACGUUUCAGGAAACGUUUACAGAAUUUGGUAACUAAAAUCAGAAUCGAUGUAUUUUGAAAGGUGUUUGGAACUUCCUUUGUGGGGCUGAAAGUAUUGUUCGUUGUUUGGAAUAGACAGUGGGACCAAGGGUAGGAGUAAGAACAGCAACACCCAAGAGGUGAGGCUGAUGGGGGAAGUUCCUACACCCCAAAAACACCCUCGCAGGAGGUUACACUCACAAUAAAGA